GCCAAAGAUGUCGGCUCGGUCAUGUGAUCAGCUGUGUCCAAUCACAGCUGAUCACAUGUAAACAGGGAAAUGCCGGUUAUCGUCAUUUCUCUCCCCACAAGCUUUCACGCUGACAGUUCAUGAGGAGAGCUGAUCAUCAGAGUACUGAUGAUCAGUGUAGCCCCAGCAGCACCACCUGUCAGUGUCCAUCAGUGCCAGCUCUCAGUGCUCAUCCAUGCCACCUGCCAGUGCCCAUCAGUGCCACAUCAAUGCCACAUAUCAGUGCCCAUCUGAGCUGCCUUUCAGUGUUACCCAUCUGUGCCAGUCAGUGACACCUAUCGAUGCCAGUCAGUGCCACCUAUCAGUGCUGCCAAUCAGUGCCACCUAUCAGUGCCAGUCAGUGCCACCUAUCAGUGUGCAUCAGUGCCGCCUAUUAUUG